AUGGCUCGAGAAUUUCCCCAAAGCACUCAAGUUGCUCGGACCGACCACGUUAGUAUAUUGACCAGAAGGUCCCACAUUAUCCUCCGCACCAGCAAGCCGAAAACCCUAGAGAGCAAUCCCAUGUCCCACUUUCCCGACCAGCCCGAGGACCACCAGACUACUCCUCUGCCCUUCUGCGCGCCCUAUCAUCAACAUCACAAACACGCCAGGCAUGAAUCUCAGACUCUCCCACUGGAAUUCCACUAUACCGAAUCCCACUCCGAUCAGAGAUCUAGCCUCUCUUCCUCUUCCUCCUUAUCAUCAACAACAAGAACACCAGCUCAACAACAACAACAUCAACAACGACAACAACGACAACAACAACCCCCCACCGCAAGCGAGCAUCAUGUCACAAGCUCAUCCUGCCUUUCCCCUCCUCCUCCUCCUGCACCUCUCCCCAUCAACACAACGACAACGCCAACAACACCAACAACAAUGAAAACAGCAUCUCCCUCAAACUGCCCAGUCAAACUCUCAACGACGACGACAACAACAUCCGUCACCCCCGGAAGAAAAUUCUUUCUUCCAAAAAGAAGAAGAAGAAUCAAAUGCGAAGAGGAUGAUGAGGAGGAGGAUGAUGAGGAGGAUGAUUAUAAGGAUGAGGACAACGACGAUGAUAACGAUGCACUAUGA